UUACCAAGGCGCAUGAGUUGUAGGACAAUAUAACGAGUUUUUUUUCCUCUUCCAACUAUCAUACGACAGUAUAUUGCACGCGAAACUAUCUAGAGUGUUUUUAUAUAACACAGCGAUCCUUGUGGAUAUGGGUAUUGUCUUUUAUUUACUCUCACUUUCCCUUUUUUCCAUGACAUUUUUUGGUAGUACUGCACAGUUGAACCCUGUGGAAGAGGAAAUAUUAAAUUCGAUGUCACAGGAAGGUUUGCAAUGGAAAUCUGAACCAGAAAAAUCUUGGCAAGAAAUAAAGAUGAAACUGGGACAGGACUUUUCACACUCUGUAUACCAAGGCUGUAAUGUUCAUUUUAAAAACAAGUUGAAAACAUUGUGGACUACAUGGGUUCCAAGGAAGGAUGCCCAUGAGCUCUUGCUGGACUUGCACAUUGCUCAAGAUGACCAAACACCUGUUACUGUUGAGUUACUAGAGUCUGACAAACCUGUCAAGAGUCCUUCCUUGCGGCAAAGGGGUCUUGAAGUUGUGGCUCCAAGUGCAUUUCCUGACCGAGCUACCCCUGUGGUGGUGGCUGAACAUUUGUAUCAUGCUCAUGGACUUCAUUUGGGGAAGAUCUCAAAAAAAGGCUUCCAUUUGGGGUUCUCCUACAGUGGAUCAUGCAUGUUAAUUUCAUCUGUGCGCAUAUUCUAUGUGAAAUGCCCAGGGUAUAUAAGGAACCAAACCAGCUUUGAAGAAGCUUCGGCAGGAUCAGGUUGGAACCAUGGCCACUGCGUGGAUGGUGCUGAAGAAGUUUCUGGCCCAAAAAUGGAGUGUCAGUCCAAUGGAGAGUGGGGUGCUUUGAUUGGGUCCUGUGCCUGUAAGCCUGGUUUUCAGGCAGAUGGUGACAUUUGUCAAGCUUGUAAGCCAGGCACCUACAAACCCUUCAAGGCCAGCGGACAGUGCCAGCUUUGCCCAUCCAAUAGCAAAACAUUAUCAGAAGGUGCGCCGAAAUGUGACUGUAAUGAUGGAUAUUCACGUCUACAGGAUGACCCAUGGCAGUUAGGCUGUACAAAACCCCCAUCAGCACCAGUCAACUUAAGCAUCCAUCACUUGAGCAGCACAGCCCUGAUACUGACCUGGGAUGCCCCUGCAGAUCUGGGGGGAAGAGAAGAAGUGCUGUAUGAUGUAAAGUGUCAUCAGAAAACAGGAGAGCCCCAUGCUCAAUGGGUUUCAUGUGCUGAUACCACACAUAUCACUCCAGCAUGCACACGACUGACUGAGACCAUGGCUAACAUUACUGGACUGCAUCCAUAUGUGAAUUACCACAUCUCUGUCAGAGCACACAACAGCAUAUCUGCUAUACUGCGCACUUCUGACUCUGUGCAGUCCAUUACUGUGUGGAAGACUGCUAUCUCCCCUACACCAAUGGCUCCUGUCCGGCAAUUUACACCUCCAGUGAUUGUAGGUGUGUUGUGUGGAAUACUGAUGCUCCUGGCUCUGACAACAGCUGGCUUCUACUUUCUAUGCCACCACUAUAGUCCACUCCGAGACCAUGAUAUGGAGCUCAUGCCUCUGUCAAAUCUUGGCAGAAGAUACCGCAGUGCUGAGGAGCAAGAGGCCGUUCCUCUGCCACAAACAACAAGUUCACCUCAUGUGUUGGACAGUGUGAGCAACAGUCUGCUGCAUGGAAUCAGAGAUGUGCUGGUAGAUUGCAGCAGAUUAACACUGGGCAAGGAGAUCGGGAAAGGAGAAUUUGGGGCAGUCUAUGAAGGUAUAUUUUCCCCUCAAGAGGGUGAGAACAUAAAAGUGGCAGUGAAGACCAUGAAAGUUGGGAUUUACAGUGAGGAUGAUCUGCAGUCAUUUCUUAAGGAAGCUGAGAUCAUGCAGCACUUUGACCAUGAUAACGUGGUGAAACUUCUAGGUGUCACUCUUGAGAGGCAGCAGGAUUCAUCUAUCCCUGUCCCACUUGUCAUCCUACCAUUCCUGAAACAUGGAGACCUGCGGCGAUUUCUUAUAGCUACCCGCUAUGGUGACAUUCCUAUGUUCGUACCUCAUCAGAGCCUUCUGCGCUUCAUGGUUGACAUUGCCACGGGCAUGGAAUAUCUCAGCUCCAAGGGCUUUCUGCACAGAGACUUGGCAGCACGAAACUGCAUGUUGGGUGAUGAUCUUCGUGUGCGUGUGGCUGACUUUGGCCUGUCAAAGCAAAUCCUCUGCAGUGAUUACUACAGGCAGAGGGUGGCUAUCCGAAUGCCAAUCAAGUGGAUGGCCAUAGAGAGCCUCUCUGAAUCGGUCUACACCACCAAGAGUGAUGUGUGGUCCUUUGGGGUGACCAUGUGGGAGAUCAUGUCCAGGGGAAAGACUCCCUACCCUGGCAUACCCAACCAUGAGCUCUUGGAGCUGCUGGAGGGAGGGCAUCGCAUCAAGCAGGGUGACUGUGACAAUAAACUCUACGAGGUGAUGCUUAGCUGCUGGCACAAGGACCCCUCUCAGAGGCCCUGUUUUGCACAGCUGGGCUGCGUGCUCAAAGCUCUUCUAUCUGAGCUUCCGCCCCUGGAGGCAAGUAUGGAGGCACACUACAUCAACCAGGGCUUGGAGCUGGCCAAUGGCAGCCAGAGCAGUGCUGCAGGCCCUGUCCCUGAUGGAACUGUGGGGAACCUUUACCUGCCUGCCCCGGUGAGCGGGACAUACAUGGAAGGAUAUCUGCUCUGCAAUAACAGUGAGACUUAGACUGGAAGAAUGGAAGAGGAAGG